GUCGUUGAAGCUGCCUGUUGGCUCCUUCUUUCCAAAAAAGAUCAUGUCGUCCUCAUCUGCAGUUUGAGCAGGUCCUGCACCUCAGCUUCAUAGAUGUGAUCUGAUAAUGGUUUGACGACCGAAAGUAAUGGCGACUAUGAAAACUCUGAAAGCUGUUAUCACUGCUGCUCGACAGCAGGCGGCGCUGUCCGCCGGCAAUGCCAAAGAAGUAGAAGCCAACAUGGCGGCGGAGAGCGACAUUGUGUCCGAGAUUGAGGUCCUGCAGUCCAUCUACCUGGACGAGCUGGUGGUGGUCAGAGGAGCAGACGGGAGCUGGGGAGUCCGCCUGGAUCUGUAUCCCUCGACAGCUGAGGACUCGGUGUCUCAGUUUGUCCGGCUGACCCUGAACCUGGACCUGAGUCAGCAGUACCCCUGGUCUCCUCCUCGGAUCUCCAUCCAGAACCCUCGAGGUCUUUCCGAUGACAUGCUCAGCAGUGUGCAGACUGUUCUCCAGCAAGAAGCCGAGUCCAGUCUGGGCUCGCCAGUUCUUUACCAGCUAAUUGAGAAAGCCAAAGAGUUCCUGACGGAGAGCAACAUUCCUCACGGGAAUUGCGUCAUCUGUCUCUAUGGAUUUAAGCAGGGGGAGUCCUUCACCAAGACCAGCUGCUACCACCACUUCCACUCACACUGUCUGGGGCGCUAUGCCAGGUUCUCAGAGUCGGAGAUGCGGCGCAGAGAGAAGGAACUGCAGGAGGACAAGACCCGAGAGACGAGCCAGCUGCAGGAUCUGAGCGUGGUGUGUCCCGUCUGUCGGGAGACUCUGGUCUAUGACGUGGACCAGCUGCUGUCUUCGCCGCCCCCACAGCAGCAAGAGGCUGACGUGCCUGCAAUGCAGUCAGCCUUCCAGCAGAAGUGGGUGGAGCUGCAGAAGGUUCUGGAUCGACAACGUGCGAAAGGUGGGAUCAUCGACCCGGAGGAGGAGUCCAACCGUUUCCUCAUCCACAUCAACGAGGCCCCAGCACCGACUGAGGACCGAGACGGAUACUUGACCCGGAUUCCGUCAGCACCGACCACAGCCAACGAUUUGCCGGUACAGACGGAGCGACUAGCAGAACUUUUUGUUUCUCAACUUUCACACUGCAGAGAACCUCGGCAGGAACACAGCCAGUCCAGGGGCGCCCGGAGGGAGGGUCGCGCCAGACCACACCGUGGCAGGACCCACGCCGCCAGAGAACGCUGUGAGAAGCUGGACCCGGCUUCAGAUGGGACAAUGAAAACCAGGCAUGUGACCCCAGGGAACUCGCGUCACAUGAUCCCGGAUGAGGCACCUGAGCGCAGCUCGAGUGGCUUCCAGCCUUCGGGGUUGGACUCAGAACGGCUCCGAGAGCCUGAAGACCGUGGGCGCAGAAGAGGCCCCCACCACCCUGCCCCACGGCCCGGCAUCCCAGGGUCCGCCCACUGGGACGGACGGGCCGGCAAACACCGGGGAGGUGCCGGUUAUUUCCACAGAGGAAGAGGAGGGAGAGGAAGAGGGGGUGGUUCUCAACGCGGUGGAGUCUUCCACCAGAGGGCAGCAGAGUGCGACAGAGUGAGAGAGGAGCUGCUCUGACAGAGAGCUGGUGGAGAUCCAAUGGAGAGUCGGGUCCACCGCGAUACCCACUGCCUGGACACCAGCCCCCCUUCUCUGGUUUGCACUUUGACCUCAGAUGGCGACUCCAGUUACCCACUGUGUGAUCUGACAAAAAUUAAAACGUGUCUUG